AUCUUGUGUGCCAUCAUUUUUUAGGCGUGAUUUGUUGUAGACAUCGCUGCAAUUUAAUUUUUGAUGUCUGUGAGAGCAUGAACCUUGAUGUCUUGACAAAUUGGCCAUGGCUGUCCUUUUGAAUGGUUCAACUAUGUGCAUGAACAGUCGCACUCAUAAUUAUGGGAUCGUGGGUUGUGUAGAUACUUUAGCCUUGUUAAGCAUUCUUCUGCCCCUAUGUACACAUGAGUUGGAUUGAGGUUUAGGGCUGUUAUACGCUCCUGACCACCCUGUGAGCUGCUGUUGCGGAAGUAAAUUUGAAGUAUGGUAUGUACAGGUGUAUAAAGCUUUGAAAUUUUAUGUUCAUAGAGCUAAUGCUUGCGUGUAAAUACUGGUUAUAGAAAUUACUUAGUAUUUCAUGGAGGAAAAAAAAUGCUUGCAAAAUUAGUAGCUCAUUUCAUAUGUAGAUCUUGAUUUCCUAAGACCAGCACUUGGUUACUGUCGUGCUUGUUGGCUGAGUGAUUUUCUAUGAUUCCAGUUGUGUAUCCUAUGUAUCUCUAACUACGUGCGUAUUCGAAAUUGGCCCUGACAACUUUUCUACUAACGAAGUCUAGUUCUUUUGAAAGUUAGUGCAAGUAGUGUAAUUGCUAAUGUACUUUCUUAUCACUUUACAUCCACGUCCUAUUACUAACUGAAUUUAAAUGAGCAAACACAUGCUAUUAACUGGUUGCAGGUAAACUUGCUCAAGAUCGAGAUGACCCAUUGAUUUGUUUUUAUAAUUUUCUUAAUGAAAGAGUGCACUGCAUAAUUAUUCUUAUGUCCAUUUGUUUUCACACCGCCCUUGGCAUUUUCUUAAUUUUACCUUACAUGGUGCCAUGGUGGUGGUGUUUAUUCAUCACUCUAGAUCCUUUAGUAGUGUGUCAGUAUCAAUAUGUUACUUCCCUUUUUUGUCCUUUCUGAUUGGGCAGAUGCCACCAUUUAGAAGCUAAAAUUGAUCUGUGCAAUUUAGAAGUUAAUUGCCAUUAUUCAUGGCACAAUUUCAAUAAUGGUAGGUUUUAUUCCUGUUGGUUGAUAUUGUUGACUUGUUAUGAUACUCUCAUGAAAAACUUCGAUAUCAACACAUGAGCCCCUUAUGUCACACAUUUAUGCCUUUUUGGAUCUAGUGGAUCAACAUUUUUUGUACUUGUAUCAUGCCCCACUUGGUCUCUACAUCACAGUAACAGAAAAGGCAUUCUCUGGUCCAUCUAACCUUCCCCAAUACUGUUUUCUUUUCAAAAAGCAAGAGGGUUAUCCAUGUUGUACCUAUGCCUUGUUUGGCAUAGCUUUUGCUGAAAAACGAUUUUUGCUGAAAGCUGCUUAUGCCUUAUGCCAAAAGCUGUUGGCUUUUACGAGAAAUUUUUAAGUUCUCAGCACACUAGCUUUUCAAAAAAGCCACUCUUAACCAGCUUAUCAGCUUUUAGUUCAUUUCAUCGUAAGCCAGCUUUUCAAAAGUCAGCAAUAAGCUAGCCUGUUUAUUUCAACUUGUAGCUUUUGAGAAGCAGAAGCAAACUGUGCCAAACAGGGCCCUAGUGACGAGGUGAUAUCUUGUGCAGGCAUUGGAAGUGAGAAAACUGGUGCAUCAGCACAUCUAUUAGACUGUAGAUGCUGCCAGGUAGCAUAAUGUCUUUUGAAGAUAAAGCAAUCUCUAGUCGUGUCGCUUCACUCUCACCAAAAGCUAUGGUUCUAGAAUCAGAUCCAAGCAGGAUGAUGACUUUUAGUUCAAAUAUGGAACAUUCUCAAAUAAAUGGCCAGGCAAAUGCUGUUGUUGGUCCAGUGGCUAUCUUUUGGGACAUUGAGAACUGCUCUGUUCCAAGUGAUGUACGGCCAGAAGAAGUUGCUGGAAAUAUCCGGAUGGCUUUACGCCAGCAUCCUGUUGUUAAGGGUGCUGUGACAAUGCUCUCUGCUUAUGGAGAUUUCAAUGCCUUUCCUAGGAGACUCCGGGAGGGAUGUCAGAGAACUGGAGUCAAACUUGUUGAUGUUCCUAAUGGACGGAAAGAUGCUGCUGAUAAGGCUAUACUGGUUGAUAUGUUCCUCUUUGCACUUGACAAUCGCCCACCAUCAUCCAUUAUGCUCAUAUCCGGUGAUGUGGACUUUGCUCCUGCAUUGCAUGUACUUGGUCAGCGUGGAUACACUAUUGUCCUUGCCAUUCCGUCUUCGGUUACCAUCUCAUCGGCUUUGAGCAGUGCUGGUAAUUUCACGUGGGACUGGCCCAGUCUUGCCCAUGGCAAAGGUAUUGUGGCCCCUAGGUCUUUAGGGCGCCGUGUUGCUGAUCCUCCAUGCUAUGUCAACAGUGGGAAUGUGGGGCAGUUCCCUGACACUCAGAAUGAAGAGGAGGCCAUUGUGUAUAGAGGAAGUUCAAGGCAUGAAUAUAGUGGCAGAUCUACGGUCAACCAGAUGUAUUGCUACAACUCUUUCCAGACCACUAGGGAACCAAGCAAAGCUUUCUAUACUGUUGCAAAGGGGAAUUGUGGCUUGUCAUUAAGAACUCAUAAUUUAUCAUGUGGUUUGAAUGAAAAUCCUGAGACAGACCAAAGUUUGACAGAUGAACGGUCAUGGUGGGUUCGUCCUGGUGAUCUCCAAGGCUUGAAGGGUCAACUAAUACGCCUGUUUGAGUUAUCUGGUGGAUGCGUCCCACUUGUUCGUAUACCUUCAGAGUAUCUAAAGCUCUUCGGAAGACACCUCUAUGUAUCAGAAUAUGGAGCUGUUAAACUUGUUCAUCUUUUCGAAAAGCUGGCUGACUCUUUUAUUGUCAUAGGGAAGGGCCAGAGAAAGAUGAUAUGCCUUCGUAAUUCUGGUGAUAGAAACCUGAAGAAUUAUCAGAGUACACCAAUCAUUUUGACGAAGGAGAAGAGAGGAAGUUCUGUUCUUGAGGAAAGUGCCAUAGGAACAUGUCAGCAGUUGGGCAGCUCAUCAGAUGAUUUGUCAGAGGAUGAACGGAAUAUGAACCCAGAUGUAGAUGGAGAAUAUGUGUUCGAUGACCAUCUAGACAGUUUCAGGAAGGAGAUUCAGGAGCUUCUUGUUUGCUACUCCUGCCCUGUUCUGCUUGGUAAUCUCGAGUGUCUGUACGAGCAGCGGUACAAGAAGACCAUUGACUACGAGAGCUUUGGAGUUGCUGGUCUGGAGGAACUAGUUGAGAAGGUGAAAGAUGUGGAUUUGCAUGAGGAUCAAGCCAGCAAAAGGAAGUUCCUUAUAGCGCACUACAUCAAUAGUUAGGCACUCUGUUGUCUUAAUGGUUGGGUUUUCUUAGCAUGUGUCAAACACGGGCUGGCAUCUACUUUUUAUCAUGUCGGUGCGAUAAAUGUGGGUGGGAUAGCAAAUAUAUGUAAUAGCUUCGCGUUCAGCAAUUCAGCUAAUCUACGCAAAAGGAUGCUUAUGAAACAACAGUAACCAUUUGUUAGUUACUUGGCAAAUACAUCUAAUUCUAGCUUAGUUA